AUGCGAUGGCUCGUGGUCGCCGUCGCGCUCUGCGUCGCGAGCGCAGAGGACGAGCCGCUCGAGUGCCCCUGCGGCCUCGACGACAAGCCCUGGCCGUCGACGCCGCCGAAGGACCAGGCCCUCGUCUUUUUGCACGUGCCUAAAGCGGGCACGUCCUGGACCGUCACCAUGGCCCAGGUGCCCGCGGCCUGCCACGGCGUGUCGUCCGCGGGCCUCGGCGCGGCGAUGCGGCGGUGCGUCCGCGAGGGCAACAACUUCCAGGAGGAGUGCGCGUUCGAGGUGCUCCACGGGCGGAGCCCGCGGUGCAUGAACGCGCUGAAGCGGUCCGUGCGCGCGCACCAGCCGCUCAGCGCCGCGCGCGCGCCGCCGGACCGCUACGUGGCCAUGUUCCGCGAGCCGGCGAACCAGGCGCGGGGCUCCCGGAACCUGCCCGGCGCCGGGUCGUCGACCUACGCCGACGUUUUGUACGCGCGGCUGCCGAAUUUGACGCGCGCGACGUUCUCCGAGCAGCCCGAGGUCCUGGGCUGCGCGACGCGCAUGCUGACGGGCGUCCCCUGCGUGGGACCGACAACGGUCCUCGCGGAGGACGUCCGCGCGGCCGUCGCCGCGGUGUCGAAGCUCGGCUUCGUCGGACUCACGGAGCGCUGGACGGAAUCCGUGUGCCUCUUCCACCGGACCUUCGGGCUCCCGAGACCGAAGAGGGCGCAGGCGCUCAACUCGCGCGCGGGAAAUAUCUACGGCGAAGCAGAGCGCGGCGCCGCGCGGGACCCGGCGGACGAAGCGGUCUACGCCGAGGCCGCGCGCGUCUUCGCCGCGAGGCUCCGGGAACGCGGCGCGGCCGCGUCCUGCGUCGCCGACGCGGAAGCGCUGGCCGUCGCGCCGCCGCGACCCGGGGAAAAAACGGUGCGCUACGACGAGCCCGGCGACGAAGCGCCGGAGCUUCCCCCCUUGGACUGGGCGUCCGCGCCGCGGGCCUGGCGCUUCUUGGAGCGCGACGCCGCGGCCUUCUCGCGCUUCGACCGGGCCGCCGUCGCCCGGGCCUUCCACGAGCCCGCGGACCCGACGCGGCGCGGCGCGCGCGCGACGACGGCCGGCGGCCGCCUCUUCGUCGAGUACGCGCGCGACCGCGAUCUGAUGGGCGUCGCGCACUGGUACCGCGUGCCGACCUUCGCCGCGGCCCUGCUCGAGGUGCUCCGGCGCGCGCCGGACCUGCCCGCCGUCGACUUCGUGCUCCUGCCCAUGGACGUGCCCGGGAUCACGCGCGCCGGCGACCCGCCGCUCUUCGCGGAGGCGCGGUCGCGGCGCGAGCCGCCGGACGCGCGCCAGUGGCUGCUGCCGUCCUUCGACACGUUCCGCCUCGAGGGCGGCGACGUCGGCGACGUGGCGCCCGCGGCGACGCGCGAGGCGUCCGGCGCGUACUGGCGGGGCACCGUGCGCCUCUUCUACGGCUACGCGCGCGACACCUUCGUCGUCGCGCGGAAGGCUUUGAUGUCCCUCGGCCAGGACGCCGUCGGCGGCGACGCGCUGGCGGAGCCCGUGGACCGGCGGCUCCAGUUCAGCGGCGGCGCGGGCACCUGGCGGCGCUGGACCGUGUCGACGGCCUGCGAUCGAAGCGACGGCCGCCUCGAUCUGGUCGAACCGCGCGGCGUCGAGCUGAGCGUCGGCUCCGCGUCCGAGCCGCAGCGCACGUCGCUCGUCGCCGACGUCAAAGAGCUGCGUGCGACGCUCCUCGCCGACGCGGCGGGCGGAAACGCGCCGACGAACGCGAAGCUGCGGAACUACGGCUUCGGCGACCACGGCGCCGCGUGCGCCAAGGAGGCGCUCCUCUAUCUGGACGGCAUCUCGACGUCCAACGGGCUCAAGUACUACCUGGCCUGCGGCGUGCCCGUGCUCAUGGACGAGGCGGCGACCUUCGAGGAUCUGAUCACGGCGGCCUGGGCGUCGACGACGCCCGGGGGGCGGUUGCGGCCCGGCGUCGACUACGCGUCCGUCGGGCGGCGCGGCGACACGUUCCGGGGCGACGCGGACGGCGUCGCGGCCCUGGAGCGGCGCUUCUGCGACGACGUCGCCGGCGCCGUCGACGGCCUGCGCGCGGACCCCGCGGCCGCGGCGGCCAUGGGCCAAAGGGGCCGCGCGGUGGCCCUCGAGGUCGGCUCCGCGCGCGCGGCGCUCGAGUACCUCGAACUGGCGCUCCGGGCCUACGCGCGGCUCCAGAACUUCGGCGCGCCGCCCGGCGGCGCGCGGCCGCGUUUGAGGGAUGGCCGGGGGGUUCCCGCGGCCGCGCGGGAGACGCGGCUCGACGACGACGCGGACGUCCGCCACGCGUACGCGGAGCUCCAAAUCGUGCUCCUCGGCGACGGCGACCCCGAGGCGCUCUUCGCGCCGGCGGCGGGCCCCUCGAAAGCGUCCCCGCGGCCCGGCGCGUGCGCGGGGCGGUCCGGCACGCCGCCCGUCGUCGUCGCCGGCCAGUCCGUCGGCUCGCGCGCCUCGGCCGUCGCGUUUCUCCUCCGCGCGGCGGGCCUGCGCCUCAACGGCCUCGACGACGACGGCACAAACUCGGCGGCGCGCACGGUCGUCGCGAAGACCGCGGGCCGCGACAAGGGCGCGAACAAGGCGCGUCGCAGCGACGCGGCCGCGCCGGACCCGGUCGACGCCGCGGCCGUCGCGCUCGCGGGCUUCGACGGCCUGCGGACGUUGGCGACGGCGGGGCGGCUCAAGUCCCUGCUGUACGACGUGGAGGAGCUGCCGGUAGCGGACCGGCGCGCGGAGCUCGCGGCCGCGUGCGCGUUCGCGCUCGACGUUUCCGCGCUCGCCGCGGGCGACGGCCCCUGGGGCUGGCGGUCGACGCGCAACGCGUUCCACCUGCCGGCCUUCCAGGUCGCCUUCCCGGGCUUCCGCCUGCUCCACGUCGUCCGCGACGUCCGCCGCGUCGUCGCGCCGGGCGCCGAGGGCGCGCCCGCCGCGUGGCGCCGCUACGGCCUCGCCGUCGCCUUCGCGCCGGCCGGCGGCCGCUGCGACCGCGUCUACGGCGGCGUCGUCGCCUGGCGGAAGACCUUCGAGGCGUUCUGGGCCGAGCAGCAGACGGCGCUCGCCGCCGCCGGCGCGGCGCUCGGGCCCGCGCGCUACCGCCUCGCGCGCGUCGAGGACCUCGCCGCGGGCGACGCCGAGGCGGACGCGGCGGUCGCGUGGGCCCUCGGCGACAGCCCCCCGGCGCCCGGCGCCCGGGUCGCCGCCUUUGGCGACGCGCCGGAGCCCGCAAAUGCGCCGCACGCCUGCGACGUUCUGGUCGACGGCGUCUUCGAGGGCCGCGGCGCCGCGUUCCUGCGGACGCAGCUCCGCGGCGUCGGCCGCGCGCCGCUGUCCCUCGCGCCGGAGACGUCCGUCGUCGACUUCCUCCGCGAGACGGGGGCCUGGUCGCCGCAGGACGACGCCGCGGCGGAGGCCUUCUUCUCGGACGUCGCGUUCGGAGACGGCGGCGAGCGGCGUCUCGAGCUCAAGUCGAGCUUCGCGCGGCGCCUCGCGGCCGCGCCGCGCCUCGCGGCCGUCGCGGCCGUCAAGGCGCGCUGCGCCGACGGCGCCCGGGACCUCGCGGCGCCCGUCGCGGCGGCGCUUGCGGCGCUCGGCUACGCGGCGACCGUCGCCGUCGCGCCGCGCGCGUACGCGGCGCGCGGCGCGGCGACGGCGGCCCAGCGGCUCUACGCGGACGUCCCCGCGGCGUCCUACUGCGCCGGCGACGACGCGGCGCCGGCCGUGCCGCCGGCGUCCAAGGGGGGCGGCGGCCGGCGGCGGCGGGGGCGGCGCGGGAAGAAGGGGCCCGGGUGA